AUGACGUCCGUCUCCCCGCCUCCUAUACAACAUCGCACAGCAGCACAGCAGGAGGCCACUCAGAACACAUUCUACCCUUACUCCGAGAACCAGGUUCCCAUUGACCACAAGCUGGAGGCAUGGUGUCCUUCGGCUGAUCUAAUCGCCCUCGUCAACAAUGACAACAAGCUGGAACUCUAUCGCCUGUCCUGGAGAAUUCAUUGGUCGGUCACCGUCACAGCACCAGCUCCUUCAAACAGUUCGCGCCCAGGAUCUCACACUGCUUGGAGCCGUCUCGGAGGAGCACCACAGCAUCAGCGGAUGGGUGCUGCUCCUGCAAAAGUCGUAUCGCUUACCUGGCGUCCAGAUGGCAAGGCUAUUGCGGUUGGUCUUGCUGAAGGUGGAGUCAACAUAUACGACUAUCGGGACGGGUCCCUCAUUUCUAGUAUUCAGCCUCCAAGCUCAGGCAGUAACACCCAAAAAUCGACUCUCAAGGCGCUUCCAAUGCUUUCGCCCAUCCCUCCAACAAGCGCGCAGCAACAAUUGAUGGAGAGAACAAUGUUCAACAAGAACUUUUUGGGUGGCGCAGGAGCAGGAGGUGCCAAGUCAGGGCCGAGUCCAGAAGAAAGUUGCAGUGUUUUGGAUGAAGAGACCAGUCCUAUCAUGAACGGCGGACUUGACAUACUGACAGCAGAUGUCCAACUAGACUUGUCAGAGAUCAAUAUUAUCGCCCGUGGAACUCAUGCCAAGGAUGAAUCGGGAUUGGUGCCUUCUCAACAACUGCUGCAAGUCACUCUCAACUCCAGCUUGCUCGACAACCAUUCUCAGGAGAUUCGCAUGCUUGGGUUACACAAGCGUCCUAUAAAGAACUUGCUGCAAUACCUCAAUGAUGGGCUGCAGGUCAUGAAGACCGACUAUAAAAAAAUCAGCAUGAUGGCCGAGGAUUGUGUUGAGAGCCUUCAAAAGUCUCUGACAUCAAACGAUAUAAUGACGACUCCGACGUACGAGUUUAUCCAGAUGCUUCUGACAGGACGCCCAAGUGAGAGUAUGGGACAGUAUUUGCAGCAGGACCUCAACACACACGAUCUCAAGCGCUGGGAUAAGUCUGUUAGGGCCGCAUACAAGAAUCUUCAGCGUGUCGCAUUCGAGUGUCUUUUGCCUGCUUGCGAGAGGCUUUUGGUCAUCCUGACCGAGCAGUAUGGCCCUCUGCGAUUGGACGAGGCGCUUGUUUACAACUGCAUCAUCAUCGUGGGCGACUUUAUGGGCGUGAUUGAGGGACUCUUCCAGGCAAUCAAGGUCGAAAUGAAGCAGUUUUCAGAGUUUGAAAACUGGCUUGAGCAAGUUCUCGAGAAACUACAUCCGCCUGCCAGAGGACCAGACGACCCUGCCGAUGAAGGGCAAAAAGACUUUCCACCUGUCGAUGUCAAGGGAGUUUCACAAUAUUUGAAAGCGGGACUCACCAAUAACUGCCUCGAGCGCUUUUUCCAGGAGGCAGUCGAAGCUUCAGCAAUUAAUGGCGAUCAGGAAGCUGGGGUAUACAACGCGACCCCGACGUAUCCCAUCGUAUACUCUUUCUCAGAUGAACUGCGCGCAGCCUCGGCAUUGAAGGACACCAACUUGGACAUUCAAUCCCCGCCACAAACGAAAACGACCAACCCCUUUGCAGGUGUCGCCAUUGCUGCGGCUAUGUCUGGUCGAGGCUUUGGAUCGUUGCCUCCCAAGAAGUCUCCUUCUGUCACUCUCUUUACAAAGUCAUCAGCUUCGACAGUUCAGUUCUCCAAAUCUCAGCCCAACGAAGUGCCCGUAUCCCCGUCACAUAAACCGCCGACACCGUUGACUAUUGAACGACACUUGGGGCUGAUGACGAUGCAGUGCCACGCAAUCUUUGAUGGUCCGCAAAAGGCGCUUGGUGAAAGCAUGAAGGUUACGCAUGUGGUAGAUGUACUGGGAUAUGGUCCAACAGUCAGUGGCGACAUCAUAAUGGAGAACGCGGAUAGCACGGAUACUCAGAUGGUCCCCAAGUUUGCAACACGAUACUGCUACAAUGUAAGAAUGCCGCAGAUAUAUGUUUGCAGAUGCUUGUCUAUGAGGCGAAGUUUGAAUUGA